AUGGCAAUGAAAACACCAUGGAAAAUAUUAAACCAAAUGAUUCAGGAAUUUAAUACAGCAGGUUUGCUCUGGUUCUUGCUGUUGGUGGCUGUGAAUGAUGUAAUAGGAACGACAUGUGGUGGACACCAGAAUGGUCAGAGGGAAGAUCUGGAGGAGGGUGAUAAACGACGUGAUAAAUGGGUCCGCUUUUUUAACUUAUUGGACGCUGACAAUGACGGCGUUGUGGACAGACAUGAAUAUAUCAACGGGUCUGUUGAAAGAGCCAUGGGAUAUUUUGCGCCGGAAAAGAUCAACGCUUUCAACGAGACUGUCUCCAGAGCGUGGUCUUCAUUUUGGUCCACCCCAGAAGACGACUUUCAACAAUGCUUUGACGUGUUGGAUUUCAUCUCAGCUCACGCGACAGUAUUUGACACCACCAUGUUUCUGCCGUCGGUCAAAUAUUGGGCAAAGGGUUUAUUUCGAGCAGCAGAUGAAGACGAUGAUGAAGAAUUGAACGUUUUCGAGCACAAAGCCUUCCUUCAAGCAUCCAAUGUUCACAAGGGCUUCUGUAAGUCAUUUAGUUUUGUCGACGAAAAUCAAAGUAGAAGCAUCGACAAAAAAGAGUUUGUUACAGCCGCUGUUGAUUAUUUUUGCAACCGUUAUGAUGGUUCUUUGUUUUAUGGCGAGUAA